AUGGCCAUGUGGGUGAGAGCAAAGAAGGCGAGGACACGCACAGAGGCGGAGGCGACGGAGACAGAGCGAAGCAGGAAUGGCCCGCGCGUGGAGAUAUCCCACGAGAGGAGGCAGAGCAGAGGACUGGCGACGUCGAUCAAGUCGCCGGAGGGAAGGAGGCGGGUGGACACGUCGCCGGUGAUGAUACAGCGGAGGGACACGUCGCAAGGUCGGGCCAUAAUCCAGGCGGCAGAGAGCCUCCUCACCUUCUCUCCUCCCCUAUCCGCCACAUCUCCCAUCCUAUCUCCACCUCUCUCCCUCUCUUCAACUUCCUCAUCUCCGAUUAACGUGCGUCGAGCGGCAAGAGCUCCUACCCGCUACGCGCACCCGCCGUUGUCGCCCUUCGGGGGCCGUCUGGCAACGAUGUCAGAUCUCUCGGGUUCUAAAAUCGUCUUCGAUCACCAACAGCGCGCCGCCCUCCAGGAGAAAUCAGAUCAAUUGAUGAAGGUGCAACGGCUGCGAGAUCAGCAUGACGAGAAGAGGAAGCGAAACGGCGACCUGCAGCGCGAAGAUGAGGAACGAGGGAUGUGGAACCAAUUCUGGGACGUACUCGAGGACGUGGAAGCCGAGCGAGCCAAGCAGGACGAGGACGAGGAAGAUGAAGACGCGGAGGACGUGCUCAACGACAAGUGCGGUGACGAGGGCUUCCGCGUGAUGAAGUGCGCCUCUGGUGCGCUGCAGCUGAUGCAGCUCCAAGAGCGAUUCAAACGCUACCGCGAUGAAGCCGUCGAGGAGGAGCGGCUGCAGGUCGAGCAGCUCGGCGUGAGCCCUGUCGUCGGGAGCGGAUGCUUCGAGGACAACGAGUUCUUCCGCCACCUCCUUCAAGUCCGACACCGCUCUGCCACCACGCCCUCAUCCACGCCCCCUCUCCUCUUCUCACUGUGA